AUGAAGACGGCCCUGCCUACGUCCAGUUGUCGCAACGGAUCGACCAAACGCUCGAUUACUGGCGCAUCGGGGUCUGCUAGCACAUGCAAAGGCGGUGGUGUCGUCGCUAGAAGGAGAUGCUGGAAUUAUGUUGAAAGCUCUCGGGACGUCAAGGCCGAGGUGGUUGAUGUAGCUUUCAAAGUGGCUGCAUUUUGCCGGUGCUUCGAUGUUAAACUGCGAGAGAACCAACAACAUUCCAAGAGAACCAACAGGAUUGAGGUGAAUCUGUUGGUUCUCUUGCUGAGCUCCCCGGCAAACAUGCCAUAA